GUUUUCAGUUUUCUCGUCCUUCAUGAUAUGAAGGAUAGGUGGGCUCAAUUGAGCCAUGGUUCAGAAACGAAAGGCUUCUGCGGGCAGCUCGCCGCAUCCGAAGAGAAUGCAGAAAGAGACUGUGCUGGACCACAACGAUCCAAUAUAUGAAGAAACACAUUCCGAUCCAGAGUAUUUGUCUGAAAAUGAUGAUGGGAGCUUUGCCAGCGACAUCCCGCUCGAAACCCCAGCGACACCAAUCUCCGUGACGUCGAGCAGAUAUCCAUCAGAACUCAAAACUCACCUCUGCCCCUACGAAGAUUGUACAAAGGCGUUCAAUCGACCGGCACGUCUACACGAGCAUUUGCGGUCACAUAACAAUGAGCGACUCUUUACCUGCACCCGAGAUGGCUGCGACAAGACCUUCCUCCGAGCCUCGCAUCUCAACCAUCAUGUUAAAAGCGCUCACACCGGUGUUCGAGACUACGUAUGCGGUCGUCCAGGAUGUGGGAAGAGUUUUGUGACAGGAUCACGGCUCCGGAGGCAUCUGGCAGCACAUGAUGGAAGAGACAAGUACCGCUGCACGGAGUAUCCGCCUUGCAGUGAGACGUUUCGGAAGCACACGACGCUCCAAAAACAUAUCAUGACGGCACAUUUGAAGCAGAAGCCUUUUCCUUGUCCACAUGUUGAUGCAGCGACGGGACAGAAAUGUCCAAUGGCGUUUGAGACGGCUGGACAUCUUCGUGCGCACGAGAGCAGACUUCAUACAGAGAAAAGGUUCACUUGUACGGAAUGCUCUCAGCGUUUGGACAUCGAUAAUGACGAAAGCGAGUCUGCUGUUACAUUUCCUACAUACGCACUCCUACAAGCACACAUUCGCACCGCUCACCCACCUCAAUGUCCAAACUGUCUCGUCACCUGCUCUACAUCGCGAGAACUGCGCCGCCAUCUGGAAGUCGCCCAUGGCGACGUAAGCGUCGAGGAACGAAAAGUCUUCCCAUGUACCAUACCCGGAUGCGACCGCAGCUUCACAAAGAAAGGAAACCUAACUGUGCACAUCCGGACCGUGCACGAGGGCGAGAAACGCUUCGCCUGCGGCGAAACCGACCUCUCUACUUCCAAGAAAGUCGCCAGCUGGGACGGCUACGGCUGCGGAAAACGAUACGGUACAAAACUUGCACUAGAAGAACACAUCCGUACCGCGCAUCUGGGCUUCCUGAACGCCAAAGCAUUACGCCGGCAGCGGUUGGGUCAAGGGCAAAACAACAACAACAACAACAACAACAACAACAACAACAACAACAACAACAACAACAACAACAACAACAACAACAACAACAACGACACCACGACCAACACUCCAUCAACCCUGGCCGCGCUCACAGGUGCAGGAUACGCAGAAGAAACAGGACGGCACAUUGCCUGCUUCAUCGACUCGUGUGCGCACAGAUUCCAUCGCGAUUAUGAUCUCUGGGUACACAUGGGCGGUAAACACGGUUGCUCUGAAGACGAAAUUCGAGACCUCUUCCUGCGGCGGGCAUUAUUAUCUGCAAAUGAAGACGGACAGCAACAAGAGCAGCAGCAACAUCUCAGCGCCGAGGUUUUCGGAAUCUACGGAUACGAGUUCGACGCCGAUCCUUAUGAGUCGUACCCUGCCGAAGCGAUGCACGCAACAGAAGAUGCAAAAGAAGAGAUACCCCCUGAUAAUGAUAUGGCACUUAUUGAUCCUGUUUUGGCGUACAACUUGUUGAAUUGAGCCAUGCAUGAGCUAUGUUUUCAGUUUAGUGUUCGGUGUUUGUAUAUAAUCAUGAUGCUUGAUUUAGAUUUGUUUGAACUUGGCUAAAUUACCUAUCUACACUGCUAUUAUGAUAUGAGUUGUUUAG